AGUUGCACAACUUCAGUAACCCUCUCUGCCUGCUGCUAAUGAGCUGAAGCCAGGAACCUCCGAGGAGGUGAGGAGGAAGCUUCCAGUCCUCCCCUCCCGGGAGGGAUCCAGACACCCCCUACCCGCCCUCAGAUAACUGCGAGAUAAGGUCCUCGCUGUGCAGUUGCCCCUGGCGACCAUGGCUCCCUUCGGAAGAAACUUGCUGAAGACUCGGCAUAAAAACAGAUCUUCGACUAAAGACAUGGAUUCAGAAGAGAAGGAAAUUGUGGUUUGGGUUUGCCAAGAAGAGAAGAUCGUCUGUGGUUUAACUAAACGUACCACCUCGGCUGAUGUCAUCCUGGCUUUGCUUGAGGAACACGAGACGACCUUUGGAGAGAAACGAUUUCUUCUGGGGAAGCCCAGCGAUUACUGCAUCAUAGAAAAGUGGAGAGGCUCAGAACGGGCUCUCCCUCCGCUAACCAGGAUCCUGAAGCUCUGGAAAGCCUGGGGGGAUGAGCAGCCCAAUAUGCAAUUUGUUUUGGUGAAAGCAGAUGCUUUUCUCCCAGUUCCCUUGUGGCGGACGGCUGAAGCCAAAUUAGUCCAAAACACAGAAAAACUGUGGGAGCUCAGCCCAGCAAACUACAUGAAGACAUUACCACCAGAUAAGCAGAAAAGAAUAGUCAGAAAAACCUUCCGGAAACUGGCUAAAAUUAAGCAAGACACAGCUUCCCAUGAUCGAGAUAGUAUGGAGACCUUAGUUCACCUGAUUAUUUCCCAGGACCACACUAUUCAUCAGCAAGUCAAGAGAAUGAAAGAGCUGGAUCUGGAAAUUGAAAAGUGUGAAGCUAAGUUCCACCUUGACAGGGUGGAAAACGAUGGAGAAAAUUAUGUUCAGGAUGCGUAUUUAAUGCCCAGUUUCAGUGAAGCUGAGCAAAAGCUAGACCUGCAGUAUGAUGAGAGCCAGAUUCUGGAGGACCUGAGUAAAAGCGACGGAGUCCAGCAGCUGGAAGAACGACUCCUCUAUUACCGGAUGCUCAUCGAUAAGCUCUCGGCCGAAAUAGAGAAAGAGGUAAGAAGUGUUUGCACUGAGAUACAUGAAGAUGCAGAAGGGGCAGCUGCCAGUGAACUUGAAAGCCUCAAUUUAGAAAGUGUUAAAUGUGAUUUGGAGAAAAGCAUGAAAGCUGGUUUGAAAAUCCACUCUCACUUGAGCGGCAUCCAGAAAGAGAUUAAAUACAGUGACUCAUUGCUUCAAAUGAAAGCAAAAGAAUAUGAGCUCCUGGCCAAGGAGUUCAGUUCCCUUCAUAUUAGCAACAAGGAUGGAUGCCAGCUCAAGGAAAACAGGGGGAAGGAGGCUGAGGUCUCCUACGGCAGCGGGGAGGUUCCUCCCUCUACUCAAAGGCCAUUGAACACAUACACAAAUGACACAGAUUCGGACACCGGCAUCAGCUCCAACCACAGUCAGGACUCAGAAACAACUGCAGGGGACGUGGUGCUGUUGUCAACGUGAUUUGAAUGGCUUCUUUCUGACCUACUUUAGUGUUGUUCGUGCUUGUUUAAUUUAAUAGGAAACUUUAUUUUAAAUUUUACAUUCUGAAGAAAAUGUAAAUCAUGGUAAAAUAUUCAGUAGUUAAUAAAAGCUAGAAAAAUGUGU